AGUGGAUCCAAGAUGGCGUAGAAAGUAAAGCUAGCUGGAUGCUAUGGAGAGCUGUGACUACGUGUACAAUUAAACACUAUGAAGAUGUUUUGUCCCUGAGUCAUGGCAGACAGGAGAGCGGAGAAGUCAUGUGAAGAAGCCAGCAAAUCGUUAGCCAGGCGGGAGUACGAGGCGGCAGUCACCCACAGCACGGAUGCCCUGGUGGUCCUUGCGCCCCAAGCGUCAUCAUCUGGUGCCCCUGUACUGCCGAGCCCUCCUUCAGUGGUCACCGCCGGACCCCUCCGCAGCCGAGCCCUGCUCUACCGAAUUGCUGCCUUCCUACAGCUGAAAAACUAUGAUGGAGCUGAUCAAGACUGCAAACAUGUUCUGCCAGAUGAGGUUGCUCGGGGAGAUGGCUCUCUACAGGCUAGUUUGCACUCCAUGCUUUUGGAUGGCAGCCUGCAAGAGGUGGUCAGCAUCCUAUCUAAAGCCUUGUAUGGAGAGCCAGUGAAUGGCAUCGUUACAAAAGACCUGACCAGAUUAAAAAUGCUCUUCUCCGAAAUUGAGACAAUAAAAAGGGAGAUGGCCCCCGAAUACACAGAUGACCAGGAUGAAGAAGUCCAAGAUGGCUGGCAGUUCCGACCUCCUCCCAGAGGGGUCACUAGCAGUGAGGAGUACACCCUCUGUAAAAGGUACUUGGAGCAAGGCCUGUGUCGGUAUGGCGCCCAGUGUACGUCAGCCCACUCGCAAGAGGAGCUGAUGGAGUGGCAGAAACGUUAUGCCUCACGACUCAUUCGCCUCAAACAGCAGCAGGAAAGCAAACACUUCACUGAGAACUACAUGGAAACCCUAAUAGAAAAGUGGAUGAACUCCCUUUCCCCAGAGAAAGUGUUAAGUGACAGAUUAGAAGGAGUGACUGUUGAGACCAGCUCCAGCCUUUCUGUGACAGUCACCUCUAAAAAGUCCUCCCACUCCUGGAUCUUUUCCUUACUGUGCAAGCCGGCUAGAAAGCUGUUCCGCAUUGCCUUGCUCUACGAUGCCCAUCGACCACACUUCUUCGUCACAGGCGUUUCAGCUGGGGACCGCCUCCAGUCGGUUCCCAAAGGAUGCCAAGAGUGGACGGCAGGAGAGGAGUCAGCGGUAGCAGCCGACAAUGGCCUUCACCAUUGCAUCUACAAAGUUGCAGUGGGCUUCAGCACUGAGAUCUUUGGUACCUUCAGACAGACCAUUGUUUUUGACUUUGGCUCUGAGCCAGUGUUGAUGCAGAGGAUCAUGGUGGAUGCCGCCUCUAUUCAAGACUUGGAACACCUAAUGGUAGCCAGACAGCAGCUUUUGAUGACCGCAAAGCGCUGGGACUCUGCCUGUAAAACCAUUGUGGAAUUCAUACCCAAUGAAACCAUGGCCGACCUGGAGAGAAGCCUCCUUGCUCGCUACCAGAUACCUCUAUCAGCCGACCAGCUCUUCACCCAGUCGGUCAUGGACAAAACUCUAACCAAAGACAACUACCAGGCCCGGCUGCAUGACCUGCUCUAUAUAGAAGAGAUCGCUCAGUAUAAGGAAGUCAGCAAGUUCAACAUCAAGGCAAACCUUCAGCUGGUAACCAGCUUCAUGCUAACUGGCAUUUCUGUUGGAGCAAAGUAUGCUCAGAACGGACAACUCUUUGCACGCUUCAAACUCACCGAAACACUUUCCGAGGACACUCUAGCUGGGAGACUAGUAAUGACCAAGGUGAAUUCAGUUCUGCUGCUUCCGUUGGGGCGUGAAGGCUUCAGCGGUCAGGCUCCUUCUGGGGUCAAAGAGCGUGUCUAUGAGGCUGUGAUUGAGGAGAAGACCAAGGAUUACAUCUUCCUGAGGAUUUGCAAAAAUUGUUGUGAGGAGCUCCUGCUGCAGCCUGACAGAGAAUUACAGGUGGAGCUCCAGUUUCAGCUCAACAGACAGCCACUGUGUGAGAUGCACUACGCCCUGGAUCGCAUCAAAGACAAUACCAUCCUUUUCCCUGAUGUUAGCCUCUUCCCCACCAUCCCCUGGAGCCCAAACAGGCAGUGGGAUGAGCAGCUGGACCCUCGUCUGAAUGCCAAGCAGAAAGAGGCCGUCCUGGCCAUCACCACACCCAUCUCCAUCUCUCUUCCCCCAAUCCUCAUCAUUGGGCCCUAUGGCACUGGCAAGACCUUCACCCUGGCGCAGGCUGUCAAACACAUUCUUCGCCAGGAGAACAGCAGGGUCCUGAUCUGCACUCAUUCCAACAGUGCCGCUGACCUUUACAUUAAAGACUAUCUUCAUCCAUAUGUCGAAGCAGGCAACGAGCACGCCAGACCUCUCAGGGUAUAUUUCAGGAACCGCUGGGUAAAGACCGUCCACCCGGUGGUCCAGCAGUACUGUCUCAUCUCCAGCACACAGGUCACUUUCCAAAUGCCCACAAGGGAGGACAUCCUCAGGCACCGUGUUGUCGUGGUCACCCUCAGCACCUCCCAGUACCUCUGCCAGCUGGAUUUGGAGCCUGGGUUGUUUACCCAUAUCCUGUUGGAUGAAGCAGCUCAGGCCAUGGAGUGUGAAACCAUCAUGCCUUUUCCUCUUGCUAGCAAGACCACUCGCAUCGUGCUGGCUGGGGACCAUAUGCAGCUCAGUCCGUUCGUGUACAGCGAGUUUGCACGGGAGCGUAACCUGCACGUGUCACUGCUGGAUCGGCUGUACGAGCACUACCCCUCUGAAUUCCCCUGCCGCAUCCUCCUGUGCGAGAACUACCGCUCCCAUGAAGCUAUCAUCAACUACACAUCCGAGCUAUUUUAUGAUGGGAAGCUAAUCGCAAGUGGAAAGCAGCCAUGCCACAAGGAUUUCUACCCGCUGACCUUCUUCACAGCCAGAGGAGAAGAUGUCCAGGAGAAGAACAGCACUGCCUACUACAACAAUGCAGAGGUGUUUGAGAUUGUGGAGCGGGUGGAAGAGCUGCGUAAGAAGUGGCCUGUCGCUUGGGGUAAGCUGGAUGAGGGGAGCAUCGGGGUGGUGUCACCAUACGCCGAUCAGGUUUUCCGGAUUCGUGCUGAACUUCGAAAGAAAAGAAUGCACGAGGUCAGCGUUGAAAGAGUGCUCAAUGUCCAAGGUAAACAGUUCCGGGUGCUGUUCCUCAGCACAGUGCGGACACGAUAUACCUGCAAGCACAAGCAGACCGCCAUUAAACGCAAAGAGCAGCUAGUGGAGGAUUCGACUGAGGACCUCGACUACGGUUUUCUGUCAAACUACAAGCUGCUCAACACGGCCAUCACCAGAGCUCAGUCUUUGGUUGCAGUUGUGGGAGACCCCAUAGCUCUGUGCUCUGUUGGACGCUGCAGAAAAUUUUGGGAGCACUUCAUUUCCAUCUGCCAUGAAAACUCUAGCCUGCAUGGCAUCACCUUCGAGCAGAUCAAGGGUCAGCUGGAGGCUCUGGAGCUCAAGAAGACUUAUGUCCUCAACCCGUUGGCCCCAGAGUUCAUUCCGCGGGCCCUGAGGCCCCUUCAGGGACACCAGUCUUCUUCACAGGGCCUUCAUCCCCACCAUCAUCCACAUCCUCAGCAUGUUCUGCCUGCUUCCAACAAGCAGCCUGCACAACAUCACCAACAGCAGCAGCAGCAGUCCCCUCCAAAGGGUAAACAGGCAAACCACACAGAGCACCUCCCACCUGAUGGAUAUGUGCAAUCCAACCCUGCGGUGUUGAUGGCAAAUCCUAUCCGGGCCUUCACACCUCCUUUGGGUGCUACACCAGCUGGCAUAGGGAAGUCGCCCAGCCCUGUGCAGCGGAUCGAUCCUCACACAGGAGCCAGCAUCCUCUAUGUCCCAGCUGUGUAUGGAGGAAACAUGGUCAUGUCCAUGCCUCUGCCAUUGCCUUGGCCAGGUUAUCAGAACCGUUUUGCUGUGGAUCCUCGCAUCAUGAGCCACCCUGCAGCCGUGGCCUACAACUUAAAUCUGCUUCAACCACAGAAUCGAGGCUCUCCCAUCCCUUAUAGCGGUGUCACCCACCCCUCUCCUUUAGGAAUGGCCCAACCCAGCCCCGAGAAGGACCUGCAGGCUGACCUUGCCAGGAAUGGUAAAGUAGAUGGAUGCACAAAGGCUGAACAGACCCGUCUUCAGACGCCAGAAAGGAAAAACACAGAUGUUAGGGAAAAACAGGGAGAUUUAGACACAGGUCAAAGUCGAAGUUUAGAUUCCCAAGCAGAGGGGAUAGUUGGAUUUCCUAAUGCUUUGCUUCAUCGAAAAGAGCCUUCAGCUACCCAGAGAUCCCUCAACUACCACCUGGCACCACCCAGCCCAGCUUUUCCUCCACACCCUGCCAGUGGAAGAACCUUCCCCCAGCAGUAUCCCGUUCCUAGACUUCCCUAUCGGGUCAACCAGCCUCCACAUCCAGGAAUGCCCCAACAGAAUCAGCAGCAACAGCUCAGUCCUGCCUUCACCGGUGGAAGCCAUUCUUCCUUCUUCAGUGGCUCCAUUCCCACUCACAGAUCUGUGCAGUCACCCACUGUGGAUGGGACAGAGUCUUCAGGGGUAGAGGAGAUGAGCAGCACCCUUAGGACUCAUAUGGGGCACCCAGGGGGACAACACCCGGGCCUGGCACCACACACCAGGGUCAGCAACUUUGGGGAGGAUGGACAGGAUGGAAGCAUGGUAGACAGUUUAGACCUCCAGAGUCCCUUGGCUUUAGAAGCUCUGAGCCAGCAGCAGCAGGCAGCGAGACUGGGCCAGUGGGGGGAAGCAGCAGGCCCUUUCCUCCAGGGCAGUGUUGCCUUUCCUUUACCCCAACAGCUCGCCCACCUCGCUCAAUCUGGCAUGGCUCGCUUUCCUCCUCAACUGCUCCGGGCUGCUACCUGGGGGCUUAGUGCCAAUAUGGAUGAUGAAGCUGUUUCUUCUGCCGCUGCAGGGCCAACAUGCACCAGGUACCCAGGCCUUUUAAGAGAGAUGCCCCCUCAGGAGCAGCCAGAACUGAGGGAAGUAACAGAAUUGCAACCCCCACCUCAGUCCCGCCUGCUCCAGUAUCGACAGUCCCAGUCCCGUGCCUCUGUUGACCCCUCAUCCUCUUUAGCUCCCCUUUCUAAUCACGCUGGCCCCUUUCCUUCAGGACUGUACUCCCAUGAAACUGGUCGUAAUCUUCUCAACCAAAACAUUCUCAACAAUCAAGCUCUGCAACACCCGGAGAACCCCCUGUACAAUACCAGUAGCUACCCAAAUCAGCCACCAGCUCAGUCCGGCAGCCCUCCUCCUUCCCAGGUCAAAUAUCUUCUGCAAGAGGCCCAGUGGUCCCACAGUGGAGCUGCGUCUGCAUCACAGCAGAACCACCUCUUAGGGAACCAGAGCCAUAGCCUUCUGUAUGGACUGCCCAUCAUGGCUCACCCCAGCAGGCAGGAGCAAGUGCUGAUGCAACUUCACCACCAGCAACAGCAGCAGCAACAUCAACAACAGCAACAAAAUCAAGGCCCAGACUCUGAGUCCUACCACCCACUGUCCCCUAGAACAUCAGCAGCCGCAGCCCUUCACAGUGUAGACGAGUAUGAACCGAGAGGUCCGGGCCGGCCCCUGUAUCAACGCCGCAUCUCCUCCAGCUACCCAGAUGAAUCAUCUCCAGCCAACAGCCUCAGUGCCCGCCCCUGUCAGCCAGAACCCCAGGAUCAUCCACAAAUACAGCAUCAACAACACCCACACGGCUCCUACAACUACCCCUCACAUGACCACCUCUGGCCCACUAACGGUGGGGGUCCAGGUCCAUUUCAGAACAUUCCAUGUAACGGAGCCAGCACGCUAGUUCAGCAUCGUGAACUUCUAGCCUCCAAAGUCCAUCGUGAGACAGAUGAGCAGGUAAAGGCCGAGCCCGCAGCAGCGCAGCAGGCACAUCCACACAACCUUAACUCCCUUCAGCACCAGUUUCCUCCACUUAUGCCCAAUAAAAAGCAGCAGCAGCAGCCUCCGCCACCACCGCCGCCGCCACCGCAACCUCCAACAGAGCCCACCCAGGGGGCUCCGAAUUUAACAAAGCCACCUACCAUGUCUUAUGCGAGUGCCCUCCGAGCUCCUCCCAAACCAAGGGCCGUUCGACCCGAACAGGUGAAGAAGAACAGCGACCCGCUCUCCCUUCUUCAGGAGCUGAGUAUUGGGAGCUCAAAUGGUAGCAACGGUUAUUAUUCUUACUUUAAAUGAGAGGCACCUCUCCCACAUAGUAAGUAAAGCAAAAAAAUAACUAAAAUAGAAAAAAAAAAAAAUGUAAAAGGUUUCAUAAAAUAAAAAAAUAGUGAAAAGUGCAUUUAAAGAAUUGUUUCUAAUAGUAGAUUUAGAUUUUUAUUUCUUUUCUUAUUUUAACUUCUCCUUGUUUUGUCCUCCUGACAUAUCUGUGAAGAAAGUCAGUAUAUAUUAUAGCAAAUGCGUGACUGGUAUAUAUAUAUAUACAUACUCAUUAUGUAUAUAUGAAUAUAUACUUAUAUUAUCUACACUUGUACAUGUAUGUAAUGUUUAAAAAACCAAAAUACAAAAAAAUAAAAUAAAAUGAAAUGAAAUCAUAAAAAAAAAAAGACUUGGUUGACCACUUAGCUAUCUGCUUAGUUUUCCUGUUUAAGCUGGUCUCUUUAAAUACCAACUAACUCCUGUUUUUUAACAACUAUUUUGUUUUUUAGUGAACACUGACGGUUUACACCACUGCAGUUGUUGUAAUGCAUGAAAGCUAAGUGGUCGACUGAGAAAGGAACAGUGUAUAGAAGUAGAUACAUUUUUCCUCUAAUCUAUACAUACAAAGAAAAUAAAAGACUGAACUGUAUUCCACAAAAAUCAUGUUAGUAUUUGCAUUAUGAGUUUUGUUUGCUUUCAGUUUUGUUUUUCAUUUCUUAGUCAUCAGUACCUUAGAUAAUCUUUGGUGAUUUAGUGAUAAAUGUGAUUAUUUAUAGAAAAGAAAAAUACUAUCAACUUUUCACCAAGAUCUCAUCUGGAAGUACAGCGAGUAGACGUCAGUAGAACAGUUUUCGUUCCUCUGUUGGUUUCAAACGCGUUAUGUUACGAUAUGAACUGCUUCGCUCUGAUUCGUUUUACUUUCACAAUUCAACCUUUACAUUACUUUAACUCAUGUGUGAUGUUUGGUUUUUUUGGGGGAUUUGUUUCUGUUCCUGGCAGUUUUUUUUAACAUGUAAUUUGAAGUUUGUGGUGUUGAGGGGUUUGCCGUAAUCCGAUGGUCUGUGUAAGUGAACAGAGAUGGUUUGAGGUCUGAGCAAUGUGAGAACUACAGCAGGAUCAUUACUUCCAGUCAGAUGUUUUUGAACACACAAAAUGGAAAUACUUGAGGAGUAAACUCAUAAAAAUAUAGUGGGUAAAUAUCGGAUCAAAAAACAAAAUACAGAUAAAACGUCAUUAAAAGUUAUUUAGAUCGUCUCAACACACUGACGAGAAACUGCUGCAGCCAGUGGCUACUGCUUGAAAUGUAUUUUUUGGUUUUUUGUUGAAAGCUUAAAAUAUGAUGGAGAAAUCAAACAUGUCAGGGCCACUGAGACAAUAUAUAUAAUAAAUUAUCACCAGGUCUGCUUGAAUGAUUGCAAAAUGACACAUUUUCAGCCUAAUUUGGGUUUCUUAGGCCUUCGCCACAUGAAUACAAAAACUAUCGUGUCAAAAUCCAUUUUGGAAAAAUGUGCCUCCACACGAGUACACUCAGCACCACUGAAAACACUGUAGAAUGUAUGCUGGGUCCAAUAUACACUAUAUUGCCAGUACUUUUGGCAAUAUAGUGUAUUUUGCAGAUACACCUAAGUUUGUCUCCGUGGGGACAAGGCACUUAGAAAUUCUGAAGUGUUACAUUUUUGUUUAUGAAGAAUAGAUACUUUAUUCUCCUACAAGCAACAACGUUUUUUUAGACUUGAGUCAGUUUUAUUCAAGUUAACACCCUUUUCAGUAAAAUUUUGCUUCACAAUUGCAUCGACUUAAAUAUUUAAAUGUUAUUCUUUUAUUUCAAAGAAAAGCUGUUUGUAGGAUGCAGCUUCACUGCUAGGUAAAGUUUAACAGUCUAAACGUUUUAUAAACAAAACUAAUGUCAGAUGCUGACUUUUUUAAAGCCAAAUACUUGCUUUACAAUAUUUGACUAAUGUUUAAAACAGGCAUGGGUUGGUUUGUCAUGGUUUUACUGUAUCAUCACACAAAACGUCAAAAUAGAAAUAUACCCUAUGAUAUUAUUUAGUUAUUGACAUUUAAAACAGAAAAGCAACAGUAAUUAUUACAGCCAUAAUAAUAUUAUUUCCACCAUUUAUUAAUCAAUAUAAAAGAGACUUGAGAAAAAAUUAAGAAUUCAAAUUCAAAAAUACUUUAUUAAUCCCAAAGGGAAAUUAAAUGUUGUUAUAGCUCAUAUUAUGUAGUAUAAACACCUGCUAAAUUUAUUCGUAGUCUUUAAGUAAAUUUUUAGGUUGCAGACAGUUUUAUAGUGUUUUACUGUUCUGCUCUUUAAAGAGUAACACAAGUAUAACAAGCUGGUAUUAACUGGUUAAUGAAUCAGGCUAUCUGGGCUGGUAGAGCAGCUGAUGGGCAGUGCACAGCUGCGUUUCUCCUUGCUCCAUACAGCUGGAGGUCACUCUGUCACUUUCUCCUGCCUUGUAUUAAAAGGACUUUAGGCUUUAAGAAUGUUGUGAUGAAAAAUCUUAACGCGUUUUUAUACCAGAACCUUUUUCAAAGUGUGGAUUAUUUUAAUACCGGUAACCAGUCCAUACCUAAUUGAUAAGCACUGUUUUUAACAUUUACACUUGCUCCAAAAUUUUAUUAUUUCCCUGCAAUGAAAAAGACGAUUUUCCAUGACCCACAAGUAAAAUAAAAAAAAAGAGAGACUGAAGAAGUUUGUUCAAAAACCUUUGACUGUUGGUCUGUUUGGUUUUUAAGCUCUGCAUACCUAGACUGCAAUGGAAAUGUAAUGGGAGUUGGGAUUUAAAAAUAAAAAACAAGAUGGUCUGCUUCUUUGUUUAAAUCAGGUUUUUAAAUCACCGUUACAGCAGCUGAUCAAUCUCUCUUCUGAAAAUGGCUUCUGACCUGCUUCAUACCGGCUAAGGCUCGUGAAAAUCACAAUUGUGAAGAAAUUGUAGUUUGCUUAAAAUUUGAGUAGUUAAAGUCCAGUGGUUUUCCUGCAAACUGAUGAAUUUGUUAAGAAAUCUCUUCGCUGGUAUCAUGGCUUUAUUGUUAGUAUCUGAUGCAUUUCUUUAAGACCCUUGCAGCUAAAAUCUAAAACAUGUUUUAAACGGUAAACGGUGAGCUCCAUUAAAAGUUUUACUUAAUUUUUUUUUUCAAGUUUUGACUUUUUUUUUCUUUUUUUUUUUAAAUGACAAGGUCCUGAUUUUUUGAUUUAGCAGAUAAAAUACGUACUUGUAAAUAUACAUUUUCUAUGUAUUUACAAAUGAAAACUUUGGGAGCGCCUCGAUUUUGUAGAAGCUGAUCAAUGAAGAGGUAUGCCCUUUUUAAUUAUGCAAAUUAACAAAAAAUAAAAAGAGAAAAUCUAGAAAUGGACAAUAACCUGACUGGUAGUUGCAUCAUCUUGUAACUUUGUAGGUUUUUUUGUUUGGUUUAUUUUGAACAAGCUGUCUGGCUUGUUUAACAGAGGAGAACUUCUGUUGCGCCGUUUUAAGACAACCUAAUUUACUGUACAAUAUGUUCACGUUGCUGGAUUUGUCCUGUUGCGUUUUCUCACCACAGCUGUACAACAAUCAACACAAAGAUUCAUUUUUCAUUGUUUAGUCUUUUUUUCGUUUCAUUGCAUGUUGAGAUGACCUUGUUGGGUUUUGAUCCCUGUUUUUAUCAGUUUGUAAUGAUUUAUGGAUGAAAAACAGUAAAGCAAAGAUAAACAGAUACAUUUUGGUAUUUUAUUUGGUGUGUACAAUAACUUGUGAAAUUAUACAUAAAACUGUUACUUUUACUAAUGUGUCGAUCAAAAAUGUAACAGCCGUAAAGAUUUCCCCAUUUUUCUCUUCCUGCAGUUAGAAGGGCUAAAGCUGAGGUUGCUCCCUGGGGAGAUUGUGUGGGGAGUCCCCCCCUCCCCCCGCACAGCAGUCGUUGGCUAAUCUCUAAGUUGUGCAAUACUUAUAUUUCACCGCUUCUUUAGCUAGUUUUAUUUAUUAAGACAGAAGAGAUUGAGCCAAAGAUGUUUUAAAGGGAUUUUGUUAACUUUUUUUUUUUUUUUUUCUUUUUGGUUUAUUUCUAAUAUUUCUUUUCCCUUUCCCUCAAUAAAACAAGUAAUCUGAGUUGGAUUUUAGAACUCCCAACAUGGCUCCAUAUUUCAUGGUAUGUCCUGGAUGUGAAAGCGACGUGAAGCCAUUUUAUAGGUUGUGGCACACAAUAGGAAAAAAAAAAGUAAGGGAGCAACCUUUUGCCCGGCCAGCAGAGAGCACUGUGUUCAGCCUUCUUUAAGCACCAUCUUCUCUUGUUAUCUGUUGGCACUUCUCUGUUCUACCCCUGCUGCAGUGAAUCAAUGGCACACCUGUUCUCCCUGCUUCCCAGUCCCAUUGGUUUCUCCCUUGUGGGUUCAAAGUACUGAAUAUUUCAUUUCAACUGGUGGUUGUUAUAAGAAAUGAUUUAGGCUGUGUUUUAAAGGUUUUAUUUUCUUUUUUUAAUUGUUUCUCUAUUAAAGUGUUUUUAUUGAAACUG